AUGUGUAUACCAUUAUUCAGAAAAAAGAAGCAGCCAAUGGUCUACGACUAUUAUCCUCAACCUGCAAUGGGUUACGCAAAUAAAUACGAUAACUACGGCGGGUACUCAAAGGAGUAUAAAAAGUCAAAGAAGUACAAGAAACAACGCAAAUACGACCACAUGGGAUCUGCUGCUGGUGAAGCGGCAGGUUUCUUCACUGAUGCAUGGGGCGGCAGUGGUGGUGACGGGGGAGGAGGAGGAAGUGGUGGUUGUGAUGGAGGCGGCGGUGGCGGCGGAGCUUGCUAA